AUGUCGUCCACGACAUCCCCAUCAGUGCAAUCGCGGAUCGACGCGUCCGGACUACCAGAGACGCCUUGCAACGGAUUCGACUCUCAUAUAUCCGCACCCGCUGAGGAUGAAAGUCAAGCAGAAGAUGUUCCGCGCGCCAGUCCAGCCACUUUGAGUACGACGCAGAUUGUUGUACAUAAUGGCGCAACGAUUCAAGUGUCGGCAGAGCUUUUCAACAGCCUUCUCAUGUCAAUGGAGAAUAUGAAGAAGGAGAUGUCCCUAAUGAAGACGAGCAACCAGAUCCAGAGCCAAGAGAUAAACCUGGUCCGAAAGGACAUUACGACCGUCAAAAGCCAGAACCAGGAGUUACAAUCCAAGAUUGCUUUCGUCGAACAAGAUCUUCGAGCACUGGCUAAGAAUGCGGAUGUUGGAUUCUACCUCUUCUCCAAGCUUCCAACCGAGGUUCGACAAAUGAUCUGGACAUUCGCUCUCGAGUUCCCACGUGUGAUCGCCCUGGAAGCAACUCUCAGAGAAGAUGAUGAACGUGGUGAAGAUUAUGUGAUCCUAACUCCUACUGCUAAGACCCGACCUUUGGAUCCAGUGCCUCUGCGCCCAGUCUACGGAAAGUGGUUCUUCGUUGUUGAAUACAAGAAACAAGAACCAUACGUACUUGCCUGUCACCCAGAAACAGAUAUCCUAUGGCUUGUCAAUCCUGAUUACAACACCAAUUUCUUCAAAGACGAUUGUCUUCUCUUUAAAGUAAUCGACGCAUUGAGCGCUGGUAACUUUCCUGCCCGACCUAUCAGCAUUGCUCUCCCGUACGAGCACUGGGUGCGCCAAGAAGAUAGUAUCUGUGGCAUCGAAAGCUUGAUGACUAGAUUGAUCUGGCUCGGAACUCAAAGGCUUAUUCUUGUUGUGGAUGGUGAAGAGCACGCUCAGGCAGCUGAUGUUAUUUUCGUCGAGCCUAGAAAACAACCAAAGGAGCUUCUUUCUGACAAAUUCUUCCAAUGGAGACGUAUAACGUCCGAGUGUGGGGAUUAUGAAUGGCCUGAGCUUAUAAGCAAAGUGUCAUGGGAUAUGCUUGGGAGGGAGGCAUGUGAUUUUAUCUCUUAUGAAGCGCGGGUUUAUGAACAACGCUACAGAGAGCAACUAAGCCAGGAAGAGAUUGGCGAGCUAGAGAAAGAUGGAAUUCUGGCAUGGACAGUGACGAGUAUUCGGUUCAUGGAAGCAACGACAUUGACUCGCCUACGAGAGGCGCGUCCACCAGAAGACGAGCAGCAGCGAGGACAUAUGUUGAAGCAGAAGACAACCCCACGACAGUAUGACGAGGCUCGGAGCGGAGAGAAAAACCUUUAUCCCUGGAAUCCUUCUCGGAAUCGCAGGGAAGUACAGGAUGAGCCAAAGGCGGAGUUCCGCGGCGAUGCUUUGGAACAAUAUAUGCGAGAUGACGAAGAACAAUGA